UAACACUGGAGAGAAUCUCUGCACAGAAAACUCAGAGAGGGAGAAAGAGGAGAGAGAGAGAGAGAGAGAAUAUCUCUCUAAUUGAUAAAAACCUCCCACAAUCUAUCAAAUCUAAACAAAAUCCAACACAAAUUACACAAUCUCACUUAUCUUUCUUUCUUUUUUUCUUUUUCUUUCUCGCCAACCAAACAGACCAAAAAGUGAUGGAGAUCCCGGAGAAGCUGAUCAAGUUCAAGAUCCACAUCCUCCUCGCCCUUCUCCUCUGCGUCGCCGUUUCGGUUCUGAUCCUCGUCGCUCCGAGAUUCCUCACCAUUUUGGCCUACUUCUGGCCUCUCCUCGUCUCCACCGCGCUCUUCCUCGCCUCCGUCCUCGUCUUCGGCAAGACCACCGCCGCCUCUCCGGCCGUCGCCGACAAAGCCGGCGAAGGCCUCCUCGAUUUCGUCGCCGGCCAACCGGACCACCACCACGGCCAUCAUCAUCAUCAUCAUCCGGUCGAGGGUUUCAAGGUUGAAGAAGAAGAUUCAGUCUCACAUGGUGAACACAGAGUGGAAAGUUCCAACUCCAAGUCCGAGUAGUGAAAGAAAAUUAAAAAAAAAAAUUUUGUUAACUUUUUUAGUUUUCAUUUUUGAAUUUUGAUUUUUUUUUUUUUUUUUGGGGCGUUUUUUCCUUUUGCUUUGUUGUAGUUUGAUGACAUUAACGCUUCACUGUGUAUAUCCUGCGAAGAAUAAUGCUAGAUGCAGUCCCUUUUCAUUUC